AUGCAACUGAACAUUUCCAAUGCCCCAGGCACAAUUCCAGCGACAAAUGUCGAAUUUUUAACCCCAGUGGUAGUGGGGAAGACAUCCAGGACUUUGGAUUCUCUUGCUGCGCACUUUGAAUCUUCACUGCACAUAAGCACACCUCAAAAUCUAGCAGUCCAAGAAUCGCCGAGGUCACUACGAAUUCCAACGUCAGUCAUUUUUGGUGGAGAGCGUGCUACAUGCGGAACCACACCAGGAAAGCGAGUGACUAUAAGGUCAAAAGUGCAAUCAUUUGACCCCCAGCCAGCCCACAAGAAGACAGUCAUUCCGCAAGAACUUCAUAACGAAGUGUUCAUCGCACUCAUGGCAUUCUGCCAUUCUCGAUACAUACUCCACAUCUACCAUACAAACAUCGUCAAAGACGCAAAUAUUCUUAUGCACUAUGCAUUACCAACUCCCCCAAGGUUUCCCUAUCUUCCAGAGCGCGCUGCAAUCGCGAUCAACUGCGACGUGGUGGACAAACACUACAGUGAGUCAGAGAUCUUGCACAUCUCAGCCAUCGACUACCUCACUGGCGAAGUCAUCAUCGACGCGUUAGUUCAGCCCGUCCAGCCAAUGGCUGGUUGGCACACGAACCAAGACUGGCUAUCGAAGCAAGCCAAAGCUGCGACCACCAUCACAGGAAGGAUAUUAAAAGGCUGGCCAGAGGCGAGGGCUGAGAUCUGGAGAAAUAUCGGUCCCAACACCGUUCUAGUUGGCCACAACCUACACCGCGAUCUUACUGCGCUUCGAAUGGAACACUGGCGCGUUGUAGAUUCGGCGAUAUUGGUAUCGGAAGCUGUUGGAUAUAGCGUUAAGAGACGCUGGAGUCUGAAAGCCCUGUGCAAUCAACUCCUCAAUAUGAAGGUCCAGAAUAAUAAGGGUGGAGGAGAUUCUUGCAUUGAAAAUGCGUUCGCAGUGCGAGAGGUUGUCUUGUGGUGGAGUCGACAUCCAACUGAAGUAUUAGAGUGGGCUACUCACCAGCAGAAAGAAUGGCACAAAGGGGUAAGACAGGCAUACAAUCAGAGGAGAACCAAUGAGAGAAGAAUCGAUGAGAGAAAAACGAAUGUGACCAAUUCGGAUGUUUGGGUAUGGCCCACUGGCUACGAAGGGUUGUAA